AUGGGGACACCGUGGACGGCGCACAACGUUAGCAUCCCGGCGUAUCCAAACGUCUUCACACCUGAUCCAACCGGUCGCUACAUAGCAGGAAGCCCGGCGAUCAGCCCAACGCAGGGCCCGGCACCAGUCAGCUCCCCGCGUCAGGCGCUUGUCAUCACAGGGGCAGAUAUCGCAAUCCAGCCCGUUGUUCAGCACCCGGGCUUCGAGCAUGAUAUGCACGCUCCCACACAGGAGGGGCCCCUCGCGCAAUACCCCACUUUCAGCGUGAUCGACCCCAGCCACAAAUGGCAGCGCAUACGGGACUGGGCCUCGAAAGACAGCGCCACCGCGACGGGGGCCGCCAGCGCGGGCAGCAGCGGCGCGGCCGAGACUCUAAUGGGCGGGCCCCCGGCCAACGCAGGGGAAGUUGAUGUGACGGCGAGCAUCGACUCGACCCUUCUGGAGUUGGAGCUAGAACGCGCCCGCGCGAGCCUCAAGGCCGCAGCAGCAGCCGGUGGGCCAGGUGGCACCUCCUCCGUUGCAGCCGCGAUCUCCGCAGCGGCAGCAGCGGCGGCUAAGGCGAUCGGUGUGCCUCCGACUGUGUCGCACAGUGCAGGAGGCGCUCUUGGCUCCGGCAGGCACAGCGCCGACUUGGUCGGGAUGUCUUCCUCCUUAUCUGUUGGAGCAGCAGCCCCGCCCCGCUCCAGUGCCAUGCCUCCACGGGAGCCCAGCUUCGGUGGCUUCGGAACCGCGCCUACGCAAGCCCCGACGACUGCGGCCGCGGCUGCUACCGCCCUGGCGGCCAGCAACAGCCUUCAUGCCCAAGGCAGCUUCCGACAAACCCCUACAGGAGGCGGACCCAUAGGUCCGGAAGCCUCUAGCAGCAGCAUGCCAGCCCAUGGCCACCUACCGCCGGUGCCACCAUCCCACCACAAUCCACUGCGCUAUUCAACACCGGUGCUGCAUGGAUCGGCACGUGCCGAUGCGUUGCAUGCCAGCUUGGGAGCUGUGGGGGAAGUGUCAGCCUUGCUUCACCAGCAGGCGAUGGCGACGCCAGGCACAGGCGGCACGGGCGGUUCAACGGGAAGCUUCCUCGGACGUGGCAGCCUGGGCAUUACCGGCUAUGUGCAGAGCAUGCAGCAUGCGCAGGCGGCGUUUACAGUCGAGCGCACUGCCCUGGAAGCGCGCUGCCGAGCCGCAGAGGAGGCGCUGGCGCAGUCGGAGCGGCGCUAUUCCGUGGAUGUGGAGCGGCUGCAGAGCCGCGUGUCUGCUCUGGAGUCGGGCAUGGCUGCGGAGCGGCAGCUUUGUGGACAGCUCCAACACCAGCUCCAGGGGGAGCUGAAGCGGCUGCGUGCCGCUACGGAGGCGGAGGCGGCGGCCCGGGCCGCGGAGUCGGCUGCCAAGGAGAUGCUCAACGCCUCCAACCAGUCCUUGGAGCUUGAGCGGCGCAGGACUGCAGAGGCGGCCGAGCAGGCGGCGGAGAAGGCGCGAGAGUUGUCCAGCAGAGUAUCUGCCCUGGAGGCGGAGCGAGCCGGGCUAGAGAAGCAGUUGCUGCAGGAGAAGACCUGGGCCUGCUCCCCACGCGGCGUUAGCAUUGCGUUCCUUGUGUCCUGGCAGGAGCACGCGUCCACGCUCCACAAACAGCUGCGCGACGCGCAGCGGCAGGAACAGGCUCUGAUGGAGAAGUUGGGCUCCUCGGAGGGGGCGCGUCAGCAACAGGAAAUGCGUCUCGAGGCGGCGGCUGAACAAGUUGCCGCCAUGCGUAACGAGCUUCAGUUGCUGAAUGCCAAGCUAGCCGCCCGCGACAAGCAGCUGCUCAAGCACGUGCAGGAGGUGGAGGAGACGCAGCUCGCUGCGCUGCGCACGGAGUUGGGGGCGGUGCAGUCACGCCUGCAGAGACAAGAGGGUCUCUAUGCGGCGCUACGGACGUCUCUGGCCGCUAUCCAUCAGGCUUUGGGACCCCAGUCUGUCAAGGCUGUGGCUGAAAGACAACGCCUUGGUCCUGUCCUGAUGCAUUCAUGUCCACGCGCUUCCACACUGCUUGCCAAAAUCCGCCGGCGCCCGGCGCACCUGGGCCGCGACACCACGGGCAUGCCACGCACCCACGCGACACGCUUGCUGCACCCUGGAAUGAGUCAUGGUCUCGUGGGCCUUGUCGCAUUGCCGCAUCAGGCUCUGGCUGCUGCAUUUGGAUACUCGGAGGGGCUGCUGAGCGGCUUCACUGCGGCUGCUAGUGACUACGGCGCAGUGGCGGACCGGCUGCUGAGCCAGCGGGAGGUAGCGGAGGAGGACGCGACGGCGGUGGUGCAGCGCGUCAAGGAGCUUGUCACGCAGACCCGGAGCCUCUACAUGGCGUCAGAGAAGCGUGAGGUGGCGCUCACGGCGGAAACGGACCAGGCGAUGAGCGCCUUGCGACAGACUAACACUGAGGCAGAGGCAAGGUUAGCCAGCUGCAAUGCGGCGCUGCGCACCGCGACCCAGCGAGUGGAGGAGCUGGCGAUGCACCUCCAGGAGUCCCGCAAUCGUUGCUCAGAGCUGGAGGGCUCUCUGCAGGCGGCGCAGCAGGCCAAGCAGGCGGAGCGGCGGCGCUGCGAGGAGCUGCAGGACGUGCUGGGUGAGCUGCAAGAGGAGCUGUCGGCCUUGCGGAUGCAAGCCACCGAAGCCGAGGCUGCCCAACGGGAACUGUCAGCCAGCCGCGAGCAGGCGGUACAGCUACAGCAGCAAAUGGAGCAGCUUAAUGUCCUGGCGCAGCGCAGCGCAGAGGCGGCAGAAAUCAAGGAAGGGCGCAUCCGGGAGCUUCGUGCGGCGCUGGCGUCCGCCCUGGACAACACCAGCGCUGCCGAGGGACAGACGGGCAUGCUGCUCCGGGAGAAGCAGCAGGUAACGGGAAGGGGGGAUAAGGAGGGCCAGCGAUACCAGCCGGUCCUGGAGGCGCUGGAUGAGGAACGGAGGCGCAGUGCCAGCCUGGAGGCGGUUGUGCAGUCCGCGGAGCAGCAGCUCGACAUGAUUCGCAGCCGGGCCGACGCCGUCGAGGCGUCCUACCAAGGCCUCUGCCAGCAGGUCGUGGAGGCUGCGAAAGCGGCAGCUUCGCAAGCCAGGGAGCUCCAGCAGGCUGCAGCUGGUGGAGUCGUGCGAAUGCCGCUGGGUACCUCAUCCCGCCUCGCAGCCAGCCAGCUUUCCUUCAGGGCGGCAGAGGAGGAACCCGCAGCGCAGCUGGCGGCGCUGGAGAACGUCCUGGAGCGCCUGGCGCGGUCGGCCGCAACCACGACAUUGUCCCUCCGGGAAUCCCGUCCUGAGGGCGGCCUGGCGCGGCUCGGCGACCAUGAUGUCCCGCAGCUCUCCGCGCAGCAAGCCAUAGCUAGUCAGCACCUCCAAGCGGCCCACCAGCACUUACAACACGUAGGCCGCGUGGGCAGCGGAGGCCAGCUGCUGCCGCGGCCGGAGAACGCCACGGCGGAGGCGGUGGCAUCAGCUUCAUCUCCGUCGUUGUGCCUACAUGAGUUGGCGCAGAAGGUACUGAGCAACCUUACGGAGCGCGAGGCGGGAUCAGAGCAGCGCGUCGACAAGGUUAUGAAGGAGCUAGCCGAGGCGAGGCAGGAGGCAACCAAGGUUGCGGUACUACAGGAGCGCCUGGCGGCAUGUGAGGCGGAGUUGGGCCACGUCAAGGCGACGGCGCAGGCGGAGUUUGAUCGGGUGCAGGGCGAGGUUACCAAGGCCUUCCUGGAGGCUGACAAGCUCAGGGAGGCGGCGCUCGCGGAUGCGGAGGGGCGGGCCCGUGCGGCUGAGCAGAUGGCCGCUGAUGCGGCAGCACAGUCCCAGGCCCAGGUGGCUGCGGUGGAGGCGAUGGCGGAGGCCCGCGUGCGUGAUGCGGAGGCCGCCAGGUCAGCCGCCGUGGCGCUGGUGACCUCUCUGCAGGAGGAGCUUGCUCAUGCAAGAUCGCUGCUCGACGCGGCGCGCGCCGAGUUGCAAUCACUGCAGGAAGAGCAGGCCGCAGGGCUGCGGCACGUCGGGGGCCUCAACGAGCAAAUCCGACGCCUUAGCGACGACGUGACCCGCUGGCGGAAGGCCGCAAACCCGCGUACCCGGGAACGGAUGGUGCUGCUGGCAAAGGUGCGGAUCCUACGGCGCAAGAGGACGCAGCUCCAGAGUCAGCUCACUGCUGAGAAGCACCGCACCGCGCAGCUGAGCUCCGCUGUGGAGGCGCGCCGCGAGCGGAUCAGGCAAGGCCUGGUGCAGAUGCGGCAAAUGCAGAUCGACAACGUGCAGCUCAGCUCCCGCGUGCAGGAAGCGGAGUCCCGCGCAACCCGUGCGGAUGCCCUAGUGUCUCGGCUCGAGGAACGCAGGAUCAACGUUGAGCAGGACCGCAAAGCGCAGGCAGAGAAGGCGGCCAAGCUGGCAGGGCAGCUGGCGGAAGUUAACAAGGCGCUCGAAGCGGCCCGUAAAGCUGAGGCAGCUGCGCGCAAGGACAUGGACAGAAUUAUCCGGGAGCAGCUGGAGCCGCAGCAGAGGCGCACGGCGACGGUGCUGGAGGAGCUUGAGCGCGCUGCACAAGCCUUACAGGAAAGCCAAGCAAACGCUACACGGCUACUGCAACAGGGAGAGGCGCUUCGCUCGGAGCUGGCGGAGGUGAAGCGUGCCGCAGAGGAGGAUUCUCAGCGUGCACAGGAAAGGCUCACCGCGAUAUCUAGGGAGGUCACGGAUCGUGACACCGCCAUCGCGAGCCUGAGGCAGCAGCUUGCCGCCGCACAGGCGUCCGCCGCCGCCGCCGCCGCCCUGCUGCCCGCUGUAUCCUCUGGCCAGCUGGGCGACGCAGCUGCCGUGCAGGCGCACCUGAUCGGCCAGUUGGGCCACCUACAGGCUGCCAAUGCCGAGCUGGAGGCCAGGCGCACCUCCGUGGAGACCGAGCUUGAGGUACUCAGGGUCAGGCUCAGCCGGGCGGAGGCGCUCUCCAGCGCCGGCAUCGUCCCGGCGACGGGGUCGUCGCCCAGUGUGCCGCCGCUGACCCGCAGCCUGGGAGAUUUGACCGGUGGUGUUGCUGGCGGGACGCCACAGAGCGCAGUGGUUGCGGCCGCAACGCUGCGAGACGACGGCUCGGUCAGCGCGCGGGCCUUCAACGGUCGCGACCAAGACUCUGUGUUGACGGGCGCCAAGGACCAGCGCAUCCAUGAGCUGCGCGCCGCGCUGGCGUCCGUGAUGGCGGAGCGCGCGGCGCUGCAGCGGGAGCUGGCAUCGGCGCGUGAGGAGAGCGGCGCGGAAAUCGAGACGCAGGGGGCGCAUGUCCGCAUGCUAGAGCCGCAGCACUCACACAUUCACCGUUCGCGAGACACGACGACGUUCGCUGCCAGCUCGCACAUCCCCGUGACUGUGUGUGUCCGUAGAAAACAAGCAUGCACGGAGAGGUGGUUCUGCGCAGGCAUCUACGUGCGCACGCGACGAGGUGCAGCGGCUAGCGACUUCACUGGAGUUAACCGAGAGGCAACUGGAAGAGGUUACUGCUUCCGCGCGGCAAACCAUGCAGGCCGUCGAGGCCAGGGCAACCGAACGGAUCGAGCUUUGUCAAACUCCGUAAGCAGGUAUACACACUCACACGUUACGCAAUUGCCACGUGGCUAUGGGUACGAGUUGCCGGUACCUGUGCUGCACGUCAUAGAGGCCGAGGUCCGCGAGCGGCAGCGGCUGGAGGAAAUGGAGCGGCGCCUGCAACAGGAGACGGCGGCUCUGGAGAAGCGGGUUCGCGAUGCGGAGCGCGCCGCAGCGGAUGCGGCCAGCCGGGGAGAGGAACGUCUGCGGCAGGCCGAGCGAGCGCGUGAGCAGCUGUCCCAAAUGCAGGCGCUUCACGCUUCCGCCGAGGAGGCGGUGCGGCAGCUGUCGUCCCAGCUGCGGGAGCUGCAGCAGGGCAAUAGCAGCCAGGCGCACGCGGCUGCAGCGGAGGUGCAGCAGCUGCAGGCCGCGGCAGACAGUCUCCGUCUGGAAGCGGCCCUAGCGAAGGACAACGCGGAGACCAACGAGGCGGAGAUUCGGCGGCUGACAUCACAGAACGAGGCUGCCGCUUCCCAGGCGCGUGCUCUGGCAUCGCAACUCCAGGCAAGUGGCGAUUGCGAGCCCAAGGACGGGGCCCUCAGCGACGACCUGGCGGCGGCACGCACCCGCAUGGGCUGCCUGCAGCAGGAACUGAUGGAGCAGAAGGACGAGUGCGACACACUACACCGCGCCAACGAGGCCCUACAAGCUAGCCUGGCGGCUGCUGAGGAGCGCCAUUUGGACAGUGAGUCCCAGUUGGUAGAGGCGGAGGCGGCGCUGUCGCGGCAGCAGGGGCUAGUACGGCAGGUGCAAGCGGAAAACGAGAGGCUGCAUGCGCAAUAUGGGGAGCUGCAGCAGCAGCUACAGCAGCUGGCGGCUGAGCGCCAAGCAGCAGUGGCGGCCGCCGCCACCGCGGCACGCGCGCUCUCCCCCAAAACUCGUUCCGAUGCCGCCUCGCUUGGCGCGCGGCGCGAGGGAUCCCUGGAGACGCGACUUCUGGAAGCGGCCGUCUCGGACCUGCAAGCCAAACUUGAUGCCCUCCAGGCUGACCUAAUGAGCUCUGAGACGCGGGCGGGUCAGGCGGAGCAGGACGCGCAGCUGCUACAGACGGACUUGGACGCGGCGAACUCGCGACUGCGUGCCGCUGAGGCUAAGGUGGUGGAGCUGCAGGGCCGUCUGGAGGCGUCCAUGUCGGGAUCCACGCAUGGCGUGAGCACGCUCAAGGAGAAGGUUCUGGAGCUGGAAUUGCAGCUGGACGAGCAACGAGACCGUGAGGAGGCAGCCCAGGCGGCCCUGGCGCGCACGACGGAGCGGUGCGAUGAGCUCCAGGUGGCACUUGCGGAGGCGGACAGGCGGGCCGAGGAGCUGCGUCACCGCUGCGAAGACAAGGAGCUGGAGGUCGGCGUGCUGCAGGCCCAAUUGGCGACAGCGUCGGCGCAGCGCCUGGCGCAGCAGGCGGAGGCCCAGCAGGUUGUUGCGACCCACGGGUCGGACCAGGCCGCCGUUACGGUUAUGGAAUUCAAGCUGCGCGAAAAGGCGCUUUUGGUUGAUGCGUUGCAGACCGAGUCCGGCAAGCUUGCCGAGCGACUAUCCGAAGUUCAGGGAGAGUUGCUCGAGGCACAGGAGGCGCGCGACAAGACAGCAGCGCUGCUGCGUACCGCUGAGGCCCGGCUGGCGGAGGAGCGGUCCGAGGUGGAGUCCCUGCGGCGACAGCUGGCAGCGGCCUCCAGCCAGGGCCGUGGGGCUGACCUGCUGUGGGUCCAGCGGGCCGCUGAGGCGGAGGAUGCCGUGGUGGAGGCUGCCGCCGCGCAUGUGCGGUCCGCUGGGCUGGAGACUCGCGCACAGGACCUGGAAGCGGCGCUGGCGGAGGCGGAGACGAGGGCGGCGGCGGCGGCCGACGCAGAGACACGCACCGCGGCCGCCUUGGCCGCGGAGCGCGAGGCGCACCUGCAGGAGGUGACGGCGCUGCAGCUGCAGGUGCAGGGACUGCAGGGCCGGCUGGCGGUGUGCGAGCGGCAGGUAGCGGACCGUGAUGCGCGGCUGGAGGGCGUGGGCAAGCAACUGUCGUCGCUGCGGGGCCACACGGAGGCGUUUGAAGGGCAGCUUAAGGAGGUCCGGCAGGAGCUGCGCGCGGCGCUGCAGGAAAACGAGACCCUUCAGCGCAGAAUUGCCAGCGCGGAGCAAGAGGCGGCGGACGCGGGCCGCCGCGGUACGCUGCAAACCGACGGGGCCAGCGUCAGCGGGCUGAGCAUCUCCACCUCCUCGCACGCGCCACAGCAGCAGCUGGUAGGCAUGCUGACGGAAAAUAGAGACCUCCUCGAGAAGCUCACGGCAACGCAUUCUAAACUCAAACAAGCCAGAGCAAAGUUGGCGCAAUGGGAACAGGAGCUGCGGAGCAAAGAUUUAGAGGUUGAGCGAUUGCGCGCGCAAGUUGCGGCGGCGGGCGGGACAAACAACAGCGACGGAGUUACUGCAACUCUGCGAUCGGAGCUUCAGGCUUACAAGGCGGCUUUGGCCGCCUCCCAGGAGGAAGCUGCCGCCAGCGCCGCAGCCGCUGCCGAGGCACAGGCCCGCUGCGAGGCGCUCACGCACCGCCUGCAGCAGGACGGCGAGCGGCGAGCCUCUCACAGCCAGGCGAGUUCCCGGGCCGUGGAGCACGCCUCACCCAGCAUGCUGGAGCGGCUUCAGCAGCACCACAACCACCAGCACCAGCGAAGUCCCAGCGGUGGCAGCAACGCAGAAGACGCAGAGAUCCGAAACACGUUGCAGGCGUUGAUGCAGAAAAUCCGAGCGCAGCGCUCCGAAAUCGAGUCCUUGACAUCGGAGCUGCAGGCGGCCAACACCAAACGGACGGAGCUCGCCAAGGAGGCGGCGACGCUGGACCAGCGGCUCGCAGAGGCGGAGAUAAGGGAACGCGACUUGGCCGCUACUGCGGAGACUCUGCGGCAGCAGUUAGUGGUGUCGCAGCAGCAACUGGAGACCCGGCAGCUACUGCUGCAGCAACUGAGGUCCGUUCCGCAGCAACAGCAGCAACAGCAACAGAAGCAUAUCGUGGGGCUGCUGGGGCCUCCCAGUCCCUCGUCCGCGUCGCAGGUGAUGUGGGAGCGGGGCACGGCGGGUGGCGACGGCCCAGAGGACGGACAGCGCUCUGCAUCGCCAAGUCCCCGAUCGCAGGCGACACGGCCGUAUCACUCCACUCGGAGCGCCAUGAGUCCCAGUCGUGGCGUGUCGGCUGCCGGGCACCACCCCUACCCGGGCGGGGGCGCGGGCUCCUCCGCCGGCGGCGGCGGGGUGGCCUUGUCACUUGUCAGCGCCUCCUACUCCUCCCAGCACCAGCUCCUGUUGGCGCAACAGCACCAGCAGCAGGCCACCAAGCUUGAUCGAGUGGUGGCGAUGUGGAGGGACGCCUGCAGGGCCAAGGACGCGCGAGUGCAGGAACUGCAGGCCGACCUCACCACCUUCAGCACGCAACUGGAACGAGCCCGAGCGGACGCAUCGGCGCUCACAGCCAAGGUUUUGGAGCGAGAGCAAGCUCUGACCUCCUGCCAGCACCAACUGGAGCUCACUCGUGACAGCCUUGGAGCCCAGCUGCAGGCAGCGGAGGACAAAUUGGAGGCCAAGGGUCAGAGGCUGGCGGCUGUGGAGGACGAGCUUCAAGGCCGGGAGGAGGAGCUGCGGGAAGUGCGGGCCCAGCUGCAAGCAGCGGAGCGCUCCCUGCUCAUGUUGCAGGCUGAGAGCGGCUCCCAGCGGGAGGCGACAGCCAAGGCGGUGGCGGACUUAUCAGCAGCUAUGCGGCAAGUGGCGGCCUUGCAGGCUGAGGUGCAGGAGCUGCAGCAACGCAGCUCGUCGGCUCGCUCCGGGGCGCAGCAAAUGACGGACCAGGUCUACCACCUGCAAGAGCAGCUCAACCGCUCCGACGCGGUGGUGGGUCGCUUGCUGAUGGCGGUCCGCACCGCUAUGGCGACGGCCGUCGCCAAGGCGUCGGCCGCUGUCGCCGGUGCCGGUGGUGGCGGUAGUGGUGGUGCAGGGAGCGAGGGCGACCGCAGCAGCGCCGACGGCGGCGGUGGCGGCCUGGGCAGCGUGUUCAGCGUAGCCAGCCUGAGCAGCCAGAGUGGCAGCGGGCCGGUGCCCGGUAACUUGACGACCUCCCUGAGGCUGCUAGAGGAGUUGACAGCUGUGUUGGUGGAGGAGCUGCAACGCCGCGGUGCUGCGCUGGUGGCUGCGGAGGCGGAGGUGGCGGGACUGCAAAGCCGGCUGGCGGCGCGGGAGGAGGACGUGAAGCGGCUGGAGGCUCGUCUAAAGUCCGCGCAGGACAGCUUGACUGCCCGGCUGGACGAGGUGUCUCGCCUGCAGACCGCCCUGCGCCGCAAGGAGGCGGACUGUGAGGCGGUGGAGACGGAGAUCUCGGCGCAGAUCGCGGACUACCAGCGCCUCAAGCAGCGCCUGCUGCAGCAGGAGCGCGACAGCAGCCGGCUGUCAUCAGACCAGGAGGCCCUGCUGCGGCGCGGUGACGAGCUGGAGGCCGCCCUGGCUGCCAAGCAGGAGGAGUGCGCGCUGCUCAUGAAGAAGUGCGCGCAGCUGGAGGAGCAAUGGCAGGCGGGGCGCAGCGCGAUGGCUGCGCUGCAGGAGCGCGUUCGUUCGCUGGACGCGCAUUCGGAGGCGUUGCAGCGCAACAGCCAGGCGGCCGCGCUGGCGCGCCAGGACGCGGCAGCGGCGCUGGACACAGCUCGUGCGGAGCUGCGCUCCGCGUCGCAGCAGGCGGCGGCAUACCGAGAGCAAUUGGAGAUGCGCAAUAACGAAGUCAGGGAACUCAACUCGAUGCUUCAGGCAUGGGAAGCCAUGCGACUGGGCAAGGACGCGCAGAUCGCGGCGCUUCUGGAGCGCUGCAAGCGGCAUGAAGAGGACGCGGCGGAGAAGGCGAGGACCAUCGAGGCGUUGCGCCGCAAGCUGCAGGCAUAUCGGCGACGGGGUCAACUAACGCUGGUCGGGGCUUUGCAACACCAGAUCACCACCACCACUUCUAAGCUCACCACCACACGAAGAGUCGGCCUGUUCGUAUCAUGCUCAUCUUCGUCAUCCGCGUACAGUCCAACAUAA